AAAUUUAUAUAAUACAAAGUUCAUAAAUAACUAACUCGCCCUCUUUGUCAUGGCACUAUUUUCCUUUUCUAGCUGAGAGUUCCCUGAUAUGGAUACUACACACAGAAAUGAAGCUCCAAUGAGGGAGGAAAACGAACAUGUGGCUGCUAAGUUCAAAGAAUCAUUGGAAACCAUUGUGAUAUACCUCAACCUUCAGCUUUCUCUCAUUUCCUUCUUCAAAGGUCAAGAUUUCUUCGCAACCCACCCCAAUGUUGGGAUGGCUAUGGUUUUCUUUGUUCAGCUCUUGUUCUUUGUGGGGCUUCUGGGAACAAUGCUUGGUGGCCGGGUCUCGAUGAAGAUCCUACGGUGGAUCAUACUAGUUCUUGGAGGAGUGUCCUCUGUUUUGGUUCAGACUAUGAUGAUAUAGUCACCAAUUGCUUGCUUAUGAUUAAGGAGGUUGUUACCAUGAGCUCUGUAAACUACUUAUCUCUUCAGCUUUUGGACUUAGGGAGUGUAUCGAAUAUGCUGUAACUUUCUUUGUGUUUGUGUUUGUGUUUGUGUGUGUUUUUUUUUUUU